AUGUUGAUUUGCCCUGACAUUUCCCCUCAUCUUGCUUCCAUGAGUGUUCCGAAUCAUCAAGCAACUCCGGACGAUUAUGCCGAGGGACAAAAAAGACAAUUUUCCUUUUCAAUAGGUUACGCUUUUGCCUGGGCAUUGCUUUUCGAGGGGUUGUUUUCAACGCUUUAUCAUCUUUGCCCAAGUAAGAUCACAUUUCAGUUUGAUAUGGCAUUUAUGUUCGUCAUUUCAGGUUUGAUCGUCGUUGUAAUGUAUAAUGGCAUUAAAAUAAACUGCCAGGAAGAUGGAGAGGCCGGAGGUAAUGUGGGAGCAACAAAUCUCUUCCUCGUUUUUAUUGUCCCACUUUAUAUUUUAAACUAUCUCGGUUCACUGAAUCACUCCAGCAAAGGUCUUGUCCCAACUGCGGCCUGGGCCGUACCCCUAGCUCUUUGGUGCUUUAUUAUUGUUAACUGGGUUGGCUAUAAAUUGUACUUUGAAAACUGGAAAUGGUAUUCGUUCUUAGAGGUGUGCAUUUGUAAACGCGAGUGUAAAUGCAAGAGUAUUGGCCUUACGAUUGGCGUGGGCAUAGCAGUCUUUUUGCUAUGUUUGAUAACGAUUAUCGAUAGCCUUCCACAAGCGCUUCUUAUUACUUGUAUUGCAGAAAGCGUAGUCGUUACUAUUAUGAAAGUCUGUUGUUGUUGUAAAUGUGAACGUCGUUCUUGGAAAUGUUUUUUCAGUUACAUCUAUGUUUUGAUAACCGCGGUGUUUUUAGGUUUCGCGUUGGUAAUGUUUCUGGCCUUGCCAACAACAGAUAAAGCAAAGACUCCUGAGGAAUCUCGCAAUAAAAACGAAGAAUGCAUAUGGCUCGGUUUCUUCGACUACCACGAUCUCUGGCACUUUUUGUCUUCAUUUGGUCUGCUGAUGGGAGCACACCUUCUGAUGUAUGCCAGCCAUACUGCUCCCAGCAACGCUGUCGGUGAGGGUUGCAGUCAGCAACAGCGUAGCGAGGGAAUCAGCAGCCCUGGUUUCCAGUGUCAGGGCAACGAAAUACCCAUGGAGGCGAUUUCCAAUCAAUCAGCGUGAUUGUGCUUUUACUGUCCCAUAGACGAAAACAAAGGCUUACGCAUUAAAAUGUUAAAAUCAGGCUAAAUAGAAUUCGGAGAACUGCUCAUUAAAAAGUCUCAAAAGAAUUAGUGACCUAUACAUUUCCUUCGUUCAAACUCUUUUUCCUAGCCUGUUUUGAGGUCUGAUUUUAAUAUAUGAAGUUCUACAGUACUACUGCAAAACAAUAUACUAUGUUGACCAAUCAGCGACCGUUGAACCAGAUUCCGAACAAACCUACGUACGUCAUCAGUAUGGAAUUUUUGGGCUGAAUCGCAGACUUGAUGAAAGAGGAGAGACGGCUGUCCUGAAAAUUGUUUGUCAAAACCGUUACUUCAAAAUUGCUUCGCAUGGCGGCAGAAUGUAUACGUGUGUGUCGUUUCUCGGUUAGUGGUGUGUGGACCUCUAGAAACAUUGCACCUUUCUAACCUCGGCUAAGAUAAGAAAAUCUGAAUAAACAACUGACCUCGUUCAGAAAUGAGUUGAAUUAUUUUUGGGGAAAAAACCUAUUUUGUAUUCUAUAAAGGGCACUCAGUACUUUAAACAAAGAUGAUUUUAAAAUGCCUUAAAAUCUAGUCAUGCAUUUAUAUGUAGAUAUCCAAUUGCAUUAACCUUUUUGAUCCAUUGAUUUUUGAUUAGCGGUUAUUGUAUGCAGUUACUUAGAAGCUCAUGGACCUCUCGGGAAUAAGCCACUUUUUAUCGUUGACAAAGAACUUUCAGUCAACUGACAGAGAAAAAGCCUUUUCUAUUCACAAACUCAGUAAGGCCACUUAACGGCGAGCAUUCAUAAAUAGCAUUUUCAUGAAAAUCCCAAUGACAACAUGAACAGACUUUUUGUAAAGUGAAAUGUGGGUCUUGAUGUAGGUCUGAUGUUGUUCGAGAGUCGAUUGCAAUAGGUUGCGUGUACACAGCCGCCCCCUCCACAUAUAAGAGAGGAGGGGCGUCUGUUCGAGUCUGUGCUGACAGAGUCAAGAGCCUAGACACAGUAAUCGUUUUUUAACCCUAUUCAAUACAUAUUAUAUCCAGGAAGAAAAGUUAAUGUUGAAUAGUAGAAUUUUAGAACAUCAUUAUCUUGCAUUAGAAUUUAGUAUUUUAGUAGCUUGUUUGUACUUUAUGCAGCCACGAUACUUGCUUGAAACAUAGUCGUGUAUUAGCGAUACACACGCUGACGUCACUUUUGAGUGAGUUUACGCAACAGGACGGCAAAACGUUCAGGUAUGUGACAAACGUAAUAGGGCUAUAAAUUGCGUGUUUUGUCGUGAUCUUCACUUAACGCUAAUUUUUUCUGGUCGUUUACAUAACAAAAACUGUUUAAAGAAAGGUGAAGUUUUUGACGGAAACGAAAUUAUUGUCACGCAUGUCACACAAAGUUUGUCGUCUUCUUUCCUGUCCCGUCCUGCUGCGUACUGCUGAUGUGCCACUGGUUCUUUGAAACGAAAGAACUAUCGGGGAUUUAGAGUGUCUGCGACGUACAGGGGCACCCAACGACAAUUUUCGGUAGAAUAUCUGUUCGGAAGACGAUUUGAGAUCUAGAAUUUUCGAAACAUUUGUUGUAAAAUUUCUUGCUUGCCUGCCUCUCCUAGGAUUUUCGAACUUCCAAAAAAUGGUAUAAUUGCCCAUUUUCAACGGAUUUUUACCUUAAAAAGGUCACCUAGAAUUUUCGGAAGCCUUUUUCCUGGCUGAAAUUUUCGAAAAGGUAAGUUUUGAUCCCUAUAAUUUUCGGAUCACUAGGCUUUCAGCUAGGAAAUCCGAACAGAUGAAAAACUUUUAGGGGAUAAAAAUAUGCCUAUAUCUACCGUUUAUAUACUAAAAUACGUUUAUCAAUGCAAUGUUUAAGUGGUUUUGAACUUUAUUCUCGUUGGGUGCCCCUGGACGUAGACUAAUAGGACUUGUGGCGGAUCUGACGUUAUGGGAGAACGGUCUUUUAAAGUUACUUUCUCAAACUCAUUAAUAAUUCAUAAAGAAAAUUCAAAGGAAAUUAAUGUUUAAUGAGUGUUUGGAAAUCGGAUGAAAAACUGCUCAUUUUUGCAUCCUUAAUUUCUCCUUCAAAAAUGAUUUUGUUUGAGAAGAAAUAUCAAACAUUCGACACAGUGUUUCAUCACCAGAUGAAACACCUCGAAGUUCGUCAAAAAUACUCCGCUGCGCGUCGUAUUUUCAACUCUCUUCUCGGUGUUUCAUCUGGUGAUGAAACACUGCAUCUCAUGUUUGAUAUAUUACUUCAAAUAUGACUUAGUUAAUAAUAUACUAGCUUCUUAACUAUGAAAUAAAAGUGUUUGUCAGAUGUACUGCGUGUGAAUUCAAAAACCAUUAAACUUUUAAAAUUUUCUUCGCUAAGUCUCGUUUUGUCUGUAUCUUCAGCUGCACUGUUAACCUACUUGCGAAAGCGAGAGGUAAUAAUGACUGAACUUUAGCGAAGUAUUCUUCUUCGCGUCAUGAUCGGACCGAGACGUCCAGGCCCAUGAGGAAAAGGGACAAGGCCAAUACCCAGCAAUCUCGACCCUCAACAGGCGAUUUACUGUUAAAAGUAAGACAAAGGAGGCGGAUAUUUUUUGACUGAAACAACAGAUCUGACUAAGUGCUGCAGAAGUGAGCUCCUGGAAAAUAAAGCUUUUAAAAGCUUUUAAAAGCCAAAGCAAUCAAAGCUGUGUAAAUCGAACAGAAUCAGGUCAAUCAGUGCAUGGAACCUUGCGUUUCGUGUUCUUAUCUCCCCUGUUGUAUUUUUUCUUGAAUGGAAAAUGUGCGAAAAUCUUCAUCAGGCUUCAUUAUAAAUCGGUAUAUCUCAAAGAGUUACACAACAGUGACACAACGACCAAGAAUACUAAUUUAGCCUGCGAAAACAUCUGUUUCUCCUAGCUCUUCGCCGCUGGGGACGUUUCGCGCGGAGGAACUUCAGCGGCGAGGAGAAACGGGUGUUCUCGUAGGCUAGAAUACUAUAACCGACAACAUACAGAGCCGUACAUACAACAUACAGGGGCAGCUGAAGUGUAUUACUGGUAAUAAUGCAAAGGGAAGGGAAAUGAUCGCACUGAACGGGCGGAUGUUUUCCACAGCGUGACUUAUUUGCUGCGGAGCGACCGAAGGGAGCGAGCAGCAACAUAAUCAGGAUUUAAAGGAAAUAUAUAUAAAGGGGCGACGAAUUCUCGAAUUCAUCACUUUUUACCACAAUGCAUUGCAUUUAACCACACUUUUUACCACAAUGCAUUGCAUUUAACCAGAGUGCAUUGCGCCACGAACAGCUCAAAUAAAAACAAGGAAAAGUUCGGUGGGUGAGAGAGUGCAUCGUUCGCUGCUCAGACUUACAGUUUUCUUUGUGACAAAUUUUCUACAGCACGGUUAGAGGUCUUACCAAAUUUUAAGACACGCAGGAGUCUUUCAGACGAGUACGAUGGUUAACUUGGGGACUGGAUUUCAAUUCAAGAGCCUUUGACUCGUCCAGGUGUUAAACCUGACGAGAAGAUAAGCAUUUGCUCUUCGACUCCGCAACACGGGGGAUAUACAAAUUCCAGCUUGCUAGAAGGUGUUGUGAAAGUGAGAAAAUGUCAUGCAAUGCUAUUCUUAAGAAACUGUAUGAGGCGAAAAUGGAUGUGAUUUGGACCAUUCGCUUCAAAGUAACAGCGGAAAUCGCGAUAACAAAACAUAUGUUUUGUGUCCUACUUUGCAGACGAGGACGUGUAUCGGCGUUUUGAAAGGCAUAAUUAUGUUCUUUCAUUCAUUCAUUGCCUUGGAAUAUGCGUUUACAUUGUUUUUUCACUGUUAAUAGCUCGGUUAAUGCGGCUGGCGAUCAUCUUGCCGGCGAAAGUUUCAUGCAAAAGGAAUAAAAUGAAAGACUUUUCCUACUGUGUGCGUUAUCAGCCUCUGUGGUGUAGUGGUUAGGCGUAGUCGCGUCGAGUCGAAGGUGCCGGGCUCGAGUCCUACCGAAUUGUUUUUUCUUACUUUCUUUUUUUUCCGUUUUUUGUGCUGUUGUUUUCUAUAAAUAUAUAUAAAUAACUGUUACUUAAUAAAGUGCAACGAACAGCAAGAAAAGUAUUGUGUUUCCAGAGAAAAUAUCGUGCACCGUAUAUUAAAUAUAUGGAUAAACAAUCUGAAUUUCUAUUAUUUCCUACCAUUUACUGUGGGAAAACCAGAGUUGAUAACCACUUGAUCAUUUUCUAAACAACGUUCCCACGAGUUCUUUCUAUAGACUGAUAGUAAUUAUUCUAGUACUUUCCAACACGUAAAUAGGACAUUCAAUGUCAUUUUUUAUUCUUUUGAGUCUCACUGCCUAACUAAUGCCAGUAUCAACAGAAUGUGCCGCAGCAUUACUAUCUUUUAGAUACCCUAGUUCAAAGAGCUAGAGAGUGACCCACUUUGAAUUAAUAUGAACUUUAAGUUUUUUCACGACGACUUCGAACUGUUUAAGAGCUUGAAAUGUUUUCACGGCGACCAUAAACUUUUACACGGCUUGAAAUUUUGAAGGUAGCCGUGACUUUUACAUGCCGUGUUCAUAGUGCAUAAGAGAAAUCUCACUCACUUUCCACUAAUUUUUCUCAUUUUUACGGCCAGGACCGUAAAAAUAGGAAUAGCGUGAAAUUCAGUGGACAAGCCCCCAAUUAGCGUGAAGGAUCGCAUGACUAUGUCUCUAUGUUGGACACUUCGAGGUAGAACAAUAGAAAGUUCAUUGACAAUUUAAGCUGGAUAACUACCGACAUCUGUAAAGCUAGUGAGGUCAAAUAGACAGUAUUUCACUUAUAGCUCAAAUUACUUUUUCCACGAAACCGAGUAAGUCUUAUUAAUACUGAGCGCAACGUUACCUUUUAAGAAGCUACAUGUUCAAGAUGUUUUUUUGCGCUGCAGCCUUCCUUUUUGCGAUCUCUUUCAGCUUUGAAAAGCCAUUUAUGGCUCAAGCGAAACUUUAUAACGCUGACUGCACCUAUGUGGAGUUAAAAACAUCACAAAAAAAUGGAAACAAGACUUCACUGAUGCACUUAACUUCCCAGAUUCCUUUAUCAAGAAACCUAGUCUACUCCUGUACCGUAAAGACAGACAACACAAACAGUAUUUUAUAUUUGAGAGGUAAAAGAAACAAAGAUUCAAAAGAAGGUAAGUUAAAUUGACAGUCGUAAGGUAGCAAUUGCAGAGUUAAAUUUGCUUUUUGCGCCUCCCACACAACUAGUGCGGAGAUAACUAACGGAAGUCAGGCCGGGGGGGGGGGGGUAUUGCCAUAUAUGGGCUAUAUAGGUAUGUGCCGCUGUGAAGGGUAUGGUUUUCAAGCAGUUUACUCUAGGAUAGGGUAUAUAAAUCAGAACAUUCGGUCCAGAAAAGGGUAUCAUUUUUCAAGAAACUGAUCAGUUGGUUGAAGAUUUGAUCUAGACUAGGGAAACAGGUACUCUAGGAAUGGGGGGAUUUGGAGAGUUUACUCUAGUAUAGGGUAGCAAAAUUUAGCUGAAUUGGCUCUGGUAUAGGUUAAGGAUUCCAGGGUCCCAGCGGCACAUCCCCACCUAGAAAUUCCUAAAGUACCCCCCCCCCCCGGGAAGUCAGGUAAACAUACAAUGAAAUGUGGAUGAAGGUAAACUGAUGAUGACUAGUGCUGACGGAUAUAUAUAGUACUCAAAAGGAACGUCAUUCAACUCUCCCUUGUGUCAAAGUUGAUUUUGACCGUUCUUCCGCUACGAGUAGUAACUGCUCGUAGAAAAGUCAUUUCAUCCUCGUUGUCGUCCUUGUUUAACGCAUAAGCUUUGCUCCCUUCUGCAGACUUUUCUAACCAACGGAGUCUUAUUUCAGCUUAUUUCAAUCGAGGAUCCUAGACCACUCUUUUCGGACUCAGGUUUCAAACCAGCGUACUCAAUGAUGUGGCGCUUAAGAGCUUCAAGGGAUGAAUGCUUACUGUUUAUGGAUAUUCGAAUUCAUCUUACCUCCAAGAAAACCCAUGGAUCCCACAGAUUUAGACUCUACAUAAUAUAUUACUCCUUCCAAUUUAAAAACUUGUCCCUCUAAUUCAAAAACUGCCAGCCAUUGCAACCAAGAUCCCCACCCAAAUCCCACAUGUGUUAGCUCCACGAAAAUAAGAGUUGAAUUCCCCAACUACGCCCCCUGACACAAAUAAAACACAAUUCGCUUUUUGGCACGGAGAGAAGUUUAUUAAGGAUACGAGCAAAAAGUAAACAUCAGCCAACGAUAUGCCUAAUAAACCUCUCUGCCACCCUAUAACAUCAAAUAAAAUCACCCAGGGUGGGUGGGUGGGAAGAAGAAACGAAACAGUACGGUGCAAAACAAUGGUAUUAGCCUGCGCGCAGACGAAAUUAAACUCUGGUUAACUCCGUCUGCGAAACAGCGCCGAAAUCCUUGUUCUGGACUUCCAGCUGUGUACCCAGAUUUGAGUACGCGCCACGAUUGGCCAGUUAAAAAAGGCCUUUGUUUUGUUUGUCGUGAUUGCCAAUCAGGUUGAAGGGGAAUUCGAAACGCACUUCCGGUAAUUCGUUGAGUCCGUUGGGGGUCCAGAACAAGGAUCUCUGCGCUGCUUCGCAGACGGUACUAAUCAGAGUUUAGUUAUCGUCUGCACGCAGGCUACAAUGGUAUACGCUCGAGGUAAAAACUGACUCUAAAUGAAACACGAAACUCCUAUCACCUGAUACUAAAGGGUGUGGGUUGCGCAAUUAAUCCCUUUGAACACGUGCUUGUCCAAAGGUAGUCUGCUACACAGCCGUUUUUAGUGUCGUCACGCAAUGCUUCUAAAAAUACUGACUCAUUAGCCUGAGUAUCAGGCCUUCCUAAGGGUCUAGGGGAGAGGAGAUUUUAGAUCUUUCCUCUUUUCCCCCAGAAACGCCUGAUACUCAGGCUACUGACUCGUCAGCUCAGGGAAAUAGUUUCCCAGCUCGUGAUCGCAGACGCUCUUUUCUCGGCGGGUGAAAUAGGAACUUUCUCAGGCUAGGUAAUAGUUUAAAUUUUCGUGUGGCAAUGUUUUUGCCACGACAUGUACUGAGGAACGACUGCCCGGGGGGGGCACUUGGGUAUUUUUUGGGUGGGUAUGUGCCGCCCGGGACUCCAAAUUGGCACCCCGUUCUAGAAAAAAUUUCUCCUAAAAUUGAUACCCCGUUUUAAAAAUGGGCCAAUUUUUUAUACCCCGUUCUAGAAAUGGGCCAAUUUUCUAUACUCCGUUCUAGGGUGCAACAAAGAGUACAACGGUUUGCUUGUUAACGCGUUGAACCGUAUUUUUAAAAGCAAUCUGUCCUCAGUGUGUCCUUGAAUACUUUCAAAUGGCUGCUUGCAAAAGUGGAGCUUUCGUGCGUUCGAAAUAUUAUACCCCGUUCUAGAAAACGCCUCUGAAAUGAAUACCCCGUUCUAAAUCAGGAGCUUCAAAAUCACGACCCCUUUGGGCCGCACAUACCUGUAUAGGUAAUGUAUGGGAGUACCCCCCCGGGAACGACUGUAAGCAGUGGCAGAUCCAGGGAAGGGGCCCGGGGGGCUCGCCUCCCCUUUAUUGUUAGACGAAACUGAGGCCCGAAGGGCUGAAAAACAUUUUUUUUGGAGACCGGGCCCCCCUCAUCUGUCGGUCUGGAUCCGCCACUCAUUGUAAGUGCCGAAACGAAGCCCAACUUAGGCCGCGCUUAAAAGGGGGGAAUUUCAUAUAUCCCAUGAUGCUUCGCGCCAAAUUUCUGUCUUCUCUCCGCGGUGGAAAGAGCGUUCGAAGGUUUCGAGGGAGACUUUCAACGACCUGAAUUUCAAGAUUCAGCUCAUCCAAGGUAAGUUUCAAUGAGCCCUGUUAAUCUUUGGUAUCUUAUUAAUAAUGUAAAAUGGUUCCAUGGUCAUUUCACGCAUUAUUGCUCCCGUGUAGGACCCUGUUAAGCCAUGCUGCUUUAACUCGUUAGUGAAUAUUUUUUUAGAUGACUUUCAAUCUUCGAAAACUGUCUUUAUUCUAGCAAGGUUUAGCCCUAAUAAAUUAUUUCAAUCGGCGGACAAGGGGUGCUUGAUACUAGUUCCACGCUCCGACCUCUUUCGACCUCGCGAUUUUUAUGGGUUUGAUCGUUUUGAAAUAUCGCAUUUUCUGCCCUUUCUCCGCUAAGAUGCAAGACGAAGGUUUCAAUUUCUUUAUGCUAAGUCCUGCGAAGAUUGGACAUUUUUUCUUGAAUUCGCUCUUUUUUCGCCGAUCAAAGCACAAAUAUUAUCUCUUGAGGGUAUGAUGAAUGUUUAAAUUCAAUGGUUUAUAGUUAUUAAUGAUUUUUUGUCUCAUUAUUUUAGGUAAAAUUGGUUUCUCUUGGUGGCUUCCGGUCGCAACCGCGCGUGGCGAACUUGAAAUAUACAGGCCAGCAAAUGUCAUGGAAUAGCAUGCCGUAGGACCUCAACCGGCGUGUAAAACCUUCUAAGACAUUUUGAUAAUUCUUUUAGGAUCCAUUGUAGUGAAGAAGAGGGUGUUUUUGUAUAUGUAUUUUGCCAUUUUUUAAUAAAGCUUUUUUCUGUUUAUGUUUGGCAAUGAUGCUUAGCUGGUGUUGUGUUACGAAAAAUAUAGAUAUGUCUUUGUUAUUUUUAUUGUUUGUUGGAGCUAUUUCCCUCCUUUGAAUUUUAUCUCCGAUAGACGUCACUUUGCACUUUAACGGUCUCGGUAUUUUCGACUACAUAAGCCGAGCUUGUUGAAGUAAAAGCAUGUGCGGUCACCGUACGGUUGAUGUACUCUGAUGUACUGCAUCGAGGAAUUAUUGAACUGACAAUAUGAACACCGCGAUCACCAACAAGCAACGAAGAGAACUCUCACACCUAGAAUAUGUAUUUACUUCAAGACAAGUAGGUGGAAAUCGCUUGUAAAUCCAUGGAGAGCUUUAUCCAAGCACGUUAAAACAGGACGUACCGAAGCAGGGACCUUCCUCGCUAGCUUCUAAGAACAUUUGUGUGGACUCCGUUGCUAUCGUAAGGCUAGUUAACUCAUAAUCGGCGGCCGAAACAGUCUCUUUGCCUUAACAAGAGAUAUAUUUGGAAUAGUAAAACGAAAAUCGUAAAUAGAUCGACACAGCAAAGGUACAGAAAGUCUUAUCGGCAAAACAAGUCGCUUUGCACUGCUGUUCAAUUGUCACGUCCCUGUUGAACUGACAGCAUCACGUGCGUUCGGCAGCUUGAUAAUAUAGUAUGAAGCGAUGCAUCAUGGGAUAUAUGAAAUUCCCCCCUUUGCCGCGCUUUAAGAAAUCAUUGGGCCUCCAGAUCUCUUUCUAAGUGGGUUAUUUUAAAAAAUGUUUCUUGUCCUUAUCAUUCCCUGAUAAAACUGAGGAAAAUAAACUUGGACCAAGGUAAAUUUUGACCUAAUACAUAGCAAAUGUAUUCAUUUUUUUCUCUUUGUGAUGCAAUGCCCUAGCUGGUUAUUUGGCUCUAAUAAUUAAAAAUAGUGAAUUAACUUCCAUCUCCUCUUUUGGAGAGAUUUGUAUAUCAAUCGAGCACGUGGACCUUUCUUCAGAGGUAGGCUGACUUGCAACUGACUUGUCUUUUGUGCUUAACUGAUCAGGCCAUCUCAAUAUCUUUUAGCACCAGUUGUAUAGCUUUUCAUCUGUUUGUUUGUCAUGUUUUCACUUGGGCUUACAAGUUCUUUGUUAGACUAGAUCCCAAAUUUAACCUAUCCCGUAGGGCCUGGGAUGAUUGCAUUUUAUUAUCUACGGGUAGGGUAUGUAAUUUCCCAGUGAGGCACAUGCUAGCUUUAAUCUCUUAAAACUAUCUUUAAUUUACACUUUACACCGGAAAUACUCAAAUUUGUGAACCUUUGGUUACCUGUUGUUUUUAGUUUUCUGUUUUAAACAUUACUCUCCCCACCAUUUCAUCAUAUUGCUUAUAUUUUUCGUUCCUCAUUAAGACUGAGAGGGGGAAAGGUUUCAUUUUUUCUUUUGAUAAAGAGAAGGGAAGUAAAAAAAUUCUGUUUGAUUGGGGGGAGGAGGUAUGAAACAUUUUUGCCCCGUUAAAAAAUACCCUUCCCCCCCAACCCUGCAGUAUGAAUGCAGCCUAACAGUGUACGUACGGUUCGCAUCUUCGAUUUGUUUGUAACUGUUUAGAAGGCCUUACGAUGCUACCUGUUUUAAUUAUCAAUUCAUGUAUAGGUAUUUUCUAUUUUUUGCCAUUGCCUUGGAUUCCUUCAUUCAUUCCUUCAUUCCGGAUUGUAAAUGUUCGGGGUUUGAAAGGGAAUGAUAGGGUGCUCAUUAUACCCCUAAUAUUCCAACCCACUCCACCCCCCCAAAAAGUUUACCACUCUAUUAUUAGAACUCGCAAAUUUCCAUGUUUUUAUUUAUGUCAUUCCUCCCCAGCCCCCGAAAAUGUCAUAGCCCAGAACAUGCAUGCGAAUGAUAGUGUCAGUUAAUGCUGUAAUGGCCCAAACUUUUCCACCAGGCGUGACAAAUCGUAACACAGGCGUCAGUAGGCGUGAGAUCCAAGUUUUCGAUCCGCAGGCGUGACAAUCACGCCUUAGGCGUGACACUUGGCAGGUAUAUUUUCGCCUAGUGUUAACCGCAAUGCACUGUUCCUCAAUAGUUACCAUCAAUUACUGUGAUUUUCUGUUAACAGGGUCUCUUCACCUAUCAGUAUAUGAUGAAGAAGAGUCCCUCCUACAAGGUCACCUGGACAUUCCAAAAUCUGCAAUUAGCGAGCGGUGGACAGGGCUACCGUUAUGUCCUUCUCGUUCAAGCAACGACUUCGUAAAAAAAUACCUUACGUUUUCAGGAACACCUGGGGUACGUUUCACGGUAGAAGCAUCUCAAGACUAUGAAAUAAAACUCAAUGAACAAAAAACGUAUCACAUAUUCGGGUGGAAUACUGUAAACGUCUUUCAGUUUAUACCACCUAAAGACAUCUCAAAGACACAGCUUGAUAUAACGGUUACGUCAGAAUCGGAUGUCCCCGCUUACUUGAAAGUUUCACGGAUCUGUCAGGAUGUUAAUAAGGACCACAUCAGAAAUGUGGACUAUAGAGGCGAGUCCAUUCGUCUUUCGUUCGAAAAGAAAGGACGUAUCACUUUAUCCAAGGUAUCUAUUCCCCCUUUGACCGACCCCACAGCUAUCUGGUACAUUGGCCUUGCACUGAACAACGCUGCAGGUACCACGCCAUUAAAUGCUAGUAAAACUGGAAUAUUAACGGUGACAAGAUCAUUUAAUUACUCGUAUGAGUGGCCCAUGUCAUUCAUAUGCUUGGUACCCUUAGUCGGUGUCAUUGUAGCUGUCUGGGCUCUGUGCUGUUUUAAAGAACCACACGUCAGUCCAUGGGCUUCUCACAUUGAACCAGUGACCCGUAAAGACGUCUGCAGAGCCAUGUGUAAAGUUCUCUGUACCUACUGGUUUGCAGGAGGACAUAAAACGUACUCGUACAUCACAUGCAUUGUCGGUUCCGUCUUGAUGGUGGGAGCUUUUCAGUUCGUCUAUGCAAAUUGGUAUUUGAUGAUUCAAGAAGGCGAUAGAGACGAUUGUUACUACAACGACUUUUGUUACAGGGUAUCAAAUUAUGAUAUUCCGUUCAAUUCAAUGAGUAGCAACUUCGUUUAUAUAGUGCAUGCCUUUAUUUUAGCGUUGUCUGUUUGGUACAUGGAGUCAGAAUUACUGGCUCGCUGCAAAAAAAUAACAGAAAAUGCGGAAUGUAAUAGUACUGAGGUGCAUAAGAGGAAAAUUUCCUUUUCAAUAGGUUACGCUUUUUCCUGGGCAUUGCUCUUCGAGGGGUUGUUUUCAAUGCUUUAUCAUCUCUGCCCGACUAAGAUGACGUUUCAGUUCGAUUUAGCAUUUAUGUUUGUUAUUUCAGGCUUGAUUGUCGUUGUCAUGUAUAAUGGCAUUCAGUUAAACCAUGCUGGAGAGACGGGAGGUCAUGUGGGAGCAUCAAAUUUCUACCUUGGUUUUAUAGUUCCACUUUAUAUUUUAAACUAUAUCGGUUCACUGAAUCACUCCAAAGAAGGGUUAAUUCCAACGGCGGCCUGGGCUACACUACUUUUUCUUUGGGUUUUCUUUAUCUUCUACUGGGUUGGCUGUAAAUUGUAUCUUAAAAACUGGAGCUUGUUAAUCUUUUGGCGCUGGGUUAGAACCAAAUGCUGCAAACGGUUUUGUACAGAUUCUCAGAACCGUAUGAAAGUGUGCAAAUUUAUUUGUCUAAUGAUUGGUCUUAUCCUCGCUGUCUUGAUGUUUUUUCUGUUUAGCGUUACAAAGUUUAUCGGUAGCCUUCCACAAGCGCUUUUGUUCGCCUGCAUUACAGAGAGCGUAAUUGUUAUUUGUUGGAAACUCGUUAAAUCAUGCUAUUGUUUAUGGCGUGACCGUGGUUAUAAAAAAUUUAUUUGCGUUAUUAUUUAUGUAUUAACAACCCUUGCAUUAGGAAUUUUAGCCUUGGUAUUUUUCAUUGUCUUUCCGACAACAGAUAAAGCAGAAACUCCAGAGAUAUCUCGUAAUAAGAACCACGAAUGCAUUUUUAUGGAUUUCUAUGACUACCACGAUGUUUGGCACAUCUUGUCUUCAUUUGCUCUGCUAAUGGGAGUGCACAUUGUGAUGUUUGCUAGCUAUGACCCU